AUGGCUGAAUCUCAAAAUAGUGAUAUGUGUAGUGUGGUCGAGGAGAAUGUGGAGACUAACAUAGAAAAUUUUACGGAAUUGGAAGCGGGUAGCUGUAGUAAUCGAGCGGAUAAAAGAAGUCGUGACAUAGAUACAGAAGAGGUAUGGGCGGAGGUUGAGAGACAAGGAAAAGUUAUGGCGCGGAGUAACAAUAAUUAUGAUACUACCCCCAUCCCAGAAGAACAAAUUGAAAUAAGCAAGUGCGUCAACUGCAAGGGCAAUCAUAUGGCACUGGCGAAGGUUUGCCCGGUUUAUAAGAAGGAAAGGAGAAUCCGAGAACUGAUGGCCGAAUUUAACUGCACAUAUAAAAUGGCUUUUACUCUAUAUGUCCCUCCUUCUCCUCAAUUCGAGACGGAUACUGUGAGUGCACCCAAUGAAGGCUUAUGUAACGUCAUUCCAAUGACGACAGGUGAUGGACCGUCAUAUGCUGAGGUGGUAGGAAAUGCAUCGAGUUUGCCUAAAGAACAAAGUAAUAACAAGAGUAGUACGACAAGCGAUAGAAUUGCUAAGAAGUCCAAGAAAAAGUGUGAUAAGCGAAAAGAUGUUUCAGUGGAAGAUGAGAGUAGAAUACAGUCAGAUUUCGUAGAAGAAGAAGUACAGGGGAAUGAAAACAAGGAAGAAUGUGAGAAAACUGAUGUUCAAGGUUUACUUUUGAGGAUCCAGGAGAUAAUUUUCAUGAAAAACAUUAACUUUGGGAAGAAAGAAAAAAAUCAUAUUGCUAUUUUGAGCGAGACAUGGCUUGAUCCAAACAAGAGCAUAAGGAUAAGUGGCUAUCAUAUUGUUCGUCAGGAUCGCGGCGAUGGAUACGGUGGGGUGGCCAUUGUUAUUCAUAACUCAAUAAUGUUUCAGGCACGUCAGAUACAGUGUGCGAAUCCAGGGAUUCAACUCGUUGAAAUUAAACUAUUGAACUGUUCUAACUUAGAGUUCAUUAUUUCUGUAUACUGCCCAUCAUCUGUGCAUACAGUAGCUAAUGAUUGGGACUCAGUGUUUAGUUUACAUAAUAAUAAAACUAUUAUUGCUGGGGAUUUUAAUGAUCACCACUUUAACUGGUCGUACAAAACAGAUGUAAGAGGAGCGCAGCUGUUUGAUACGAUUGUUGACAAAGAUUAUGUUAACCUGAAUGAUGGCUCUACAACUCGGCUUAAGUUAGUCAAUGGUAUCUUCCCCGGAUGUUACCUUCGUAAC